CCCAGUCAAAUUAGAAAAAAUAAACAAGCCUUAAACAAGUCGGUACAUGCUUUUAAAAAUACGUAAUUUUAUAAUAAUUAAUUAUUCACUAUUGAUGAUUUUUUUAUUAACUUUAAAUGGUGCCCACAAUUUAUUACAUUGUAUAAAACAAACAACAUAACAGAUAUUUUAAACAACAAUAUCACAAGAAAAUAUGCCUACUACCAGGAAAAAGGUUACAAAAACUGUUUAUAAUGAAAAUGAUAGUGAGCCUGACGGAGAUUUUAAUGAUUCUGGAUCUGAUGCAGUUAUAUCCUCAGCAUCUAGCUCCAAUGAAGAAGAGGAACAAAAUUCAUCGGCUGAUGAGUUUAAAAACACAAAGAAACAGAGACGGUAUCAUUCGAAGGUUCAGACUCCAAGAGUAAAACCACAUUUUACAAAAUCACUUCUAGCAACAAUACAAAAACAAUCAGAUAACACAGAAAAUGAUGAAGAAGCUCCAUUAAUAUCUGUUAAGGAUUUAACUGAUGCGGAUAAACUUCUGCCCCUACUCAAUCUCUCUGAGAGUGAUAGCAGCGACGAUGAAGGGCCAAAAAUUAAAACAGAAAAGAAAACUCCUAAAACAAUGUUCUCACAAAUUGAAGACUCGGACAGUGAGAGUACAAAGGUUGAAUAUAAAGAUGUUUUCUCAAAUCUCCAAGAUGACAGUGAGGAAGUAGCAAGAAAAACAUUCUUAGAAUUAGAGAAACAUAAAAAUAAAAUUGAAGAGGCAAAAACAUCAAUUCAAAACUAUUGUAUAGAGAAUUGCAAAAAGGAAUCGAAUGUGGAAGAUCUUCUUGCUUUAGGUGGUGAUGUUCUUCCAGAAGAACCUGUAAAAACUAAGAAAAAGACAAGGAAAGUAAAAGAGGACAGUGAAUCAGAUAUGGAAGAUUGGGAGGAAGUUAAUGAAAGUAAACUCCCAACAAAGGAUGGCAUUGAGUUAUUUGUGGACAUUCCUGGUGCAUGUUGCAGGAAAUCAAAAAAGACUUUAGACGUUGAGAUGAUGAUGAAAAGAAAAAUGAACCGAGUAAAGAAAGAACAACAGCUUAUAAUUCAUAAAGUACAUGUAUUGUGUUGGCUUGGCCACGGUAACUUUGUAAGCGGGGUCUUAAAUGAUCAAGAUAUUUUAUCUGCAGCACUUUCAAUGGUUCCAUCCAAAGAAUGCUACCCAGGGCAACGAGUCGAUAUGAAGUAUUUAGAACAAAUAACUUCAUGGUAUCACGACAAAGUCAUUCUAAAACAAGAUAGACACGAAAACAAAUUCAGGACUAAAGCACCUCCAUUAAAGAACAUUCUCCUUGAACAAAUUAAAAAGAAAGUUUUCUCAACAAAGAAAUAUAUUGUCUAUGUAUUUGUUUCUAUGCUAAGAUCUCUUGGCCUGCAAUGCCGUGUUAUGUUUAAUUUUGUUACUGUUCCAAUAAGGCCACCAAAUUCAGAACUGUACUCUUUAUCCACAAAAGAUAAAACAGAAAAUGAUAAAAAUGAAGGUGAUGGUAAUAAGACAGAUAAAAAAGGAGUAAAGAAGGAAAGUAAAAAAAUAAAAAUUCCUCAACUAGAUGGUAUUUAUGAUGAAAGUUCCAGUGAUAGUAGUGAUGAAAUGGCCAAUAUUACUCAAUUAGAUGGUAAUGAUGAUGUUUCCCCAGUUAAAAGAAGGAACACGAGAAGCCAAAAAAAUAUUGAAAAUAAAGAUGUUUCACCUCCUAAAAGAGCAAGAAGAAAUAAAGAAAUGGAAAAACCGAAGGAAGAACCUGCAGAAAAGCCAAAGAGAAAUGUAAGAAAAAAGAAAGAUCAGACAGAGGCAAAUGAACCACCAAAAAUAGUUGUCACAAACGAUGAAAACGUCUCCAGCCAAUAUUUUGAAACUGCAAAACCAACAGUUGAAAUAACUAAACGUAAAAGAACAAGAACAACAGGUGCAGCAAAGGUACAAGAAACAAAGCCAAGAACUAAAAGCGCGCCGGGGACAUCAAAUACAAGCAAAUAUUUCGAUGAAAAUGUAAAAACAAGAUCAAGAAAAAAAGAUGAUAAUCAAAGAGUUAGUCAUAGAGAUUUAAAGAAAGAGAUACCGAAAGCUAAAAAUGAUGUAACAGAUGAUUUGGUGCAUAUCUUAAAGAGUAGAGUCAAAGAAGCAAAGGAACAAACGAAGAGGUUAAAAGUAAAAGGUAAAGUAAAAGAAGAAUCAGAAGACAGUGAUUAUCUAACAGUGGAAUCUCCUAAACGAAGAAGAUCUAAUAGCAGUGAUGAAUUUAAACCGAGCAAAAUCAGUCCGAAACCGGGAACAAGUCGCAAAGUGGACAGAAGAGUGUUCUCCACAGAUGAUGAAAUUCCUCAAGAUAAAAUUAAUGUAUGGUGCGAGGUGUUUGUGGAGGAAUUGGAACAAUGGGUAGCGGUUGAUGUUGUUAGGGGAAAGGUGCAUUGCGUUAAUGAGAUAUAUAGUAAAAGCACACACCCAUUAACAUACGCAGUCGGUUGGGAUAAUAACAACUAUUUGAAAGAUUUAACGCGCCGUUACGUGCCUCAGUGGAACACGGUUACGCGGAAACAGCGCGCUGAUAACGUUUGGUGGAAUACAGCGAUAAAGCCCUGGCUCGGACCGAAAACCGCAAGAGAUAGAGAGGAAGAUGAGAGAUUGGAUCAGAUGCAAUUGGAAGCGCCGUUGCCGAAGGUUAUUUCUGAGUACAAAAACCAUCCGUUAUACGCCCUACAGCGCCAUCUGUUGAAAUUCGAAGCGCUUUAUCCCCCCGAUGCGGCCGUACUAGGGUUCGUACGUAAGGAACCCGUGUACGCCCGUGAGUGCGUAUACGUGUGCCGUUCAAGAGAUACGUGGUUAAAGGAAGCCAAGGUUGUCAAAAUGGGAGAAAAGCCUUAUAAGAUCGUUAAGGCUAGGCCCAAAUGGGAUAAGCUCUCAAAUAAAAUGAUUACUGAUAAACCCCUGGAAGUGUUCGGGCCUUGGCAAAUCCAAGACUAUGAGCCGCCGACGGCUGAAAAUGGCAUAGUCCCCAGAAAUGCAUACGGAAAUGUCGAACUAUUCAAGGAAUCUAUGUUACCCAAGGGAACGGUGCAUAUUAAGUUGCCAGCUUUAAACAGAGUGGCGAAGAAACUAAACAUAGAUUGCGCCCCGGCUAUGACGGGUUUCGAUUUCAAUGGCGGCUACACUCAUCCGGUGUUCGAUGGAUUCGUUGUUUGCAAGGAAUUCGAGGAAAUCAUCACUGAAGCUUGGGUUAAGGACCAAGAAGAGUUAGAGAAGAGAGAAAGAGAAAAAAUUGAGACGCGUGUCUAUGGUAAUUGGAGGAGGCUCAUUAAAGGCCUCUUUAUUAAAGAGAGGCUCAAAGCUAAAUAUGGAUUUGAAGAGCCGAGUACUUCUGAUAAUAAGAAACGUAAAGGGCCGCGAUUCGUAACUUCUAAGAAGGUUUAAUUUUAUAUUUUUUUGUGAUAAAAUCACAGUAAAAUUAAUUUUAAGAUUUUUCGCUUAUUUUUGAUAUAGCUUAGUAAGAGCUGGUAUUAUCUUAGUAUUAUUUUGUCACUGGUAACAUUCUCAUACUUAAUUUGGUACAAGUUGCCUGGGUAUUUUUAUUGGUAAAUAUGUAAACGUCACAAAAAAAUACACGUCCAAUUAAUAACCUCCUCAUUCGGUUAUAACUUGCCAUAUUGGCCUCAUAGCCUAGCGGUCUUAUUAAGUGGCAGCUAGGUGAGGGGUACCGGGUUCGAUUCCCGGUUCGAGGGCAAGUUUUAAUUUAAUUUAAAUUUGU